UGGAUUCAACAGGAAUCCCACAUUUACAAUAACAAUUGUCUGUGAUGGAGUUUUCGUUUUGUUCUCUGUCUUGCUUCACAGGAAUAGUUCUUGGGAUCUUAAUCGCUUUUAAACUUCUUGGUUCAAAAGAGAAGAAAAAUAAGAAAGUUCCUCAAGGGGUUGUUGCUUUACAUCAGUUUAAACGAGGUCGUCUUGGAGUUCCAAAUCUGUCGCCGCCAUGUUUGAAGUUAGAAACCUACCUUCGSAUGACAAAGAUUCCCUAUGAAUUCGACUAUAGUUUUAAAAUGUCAUCCAAAGGGAAGAUGCCUUGGAUAGAAUACAAUGGGCAAGAGGUUGCCGACUCGAACUUCUGUAUUGAGUUUCUUAAUAAGGAGUUUGGAGUCGAUGUUGACGAUCACCUGAGCGACGAGCAGAAAGGCAUUGCUAGAGCAGUAAGGGUGAUGUUGGAAGAAAAUACUUUCUGGACAUUGGYCUACUGGCGUUGGCUUGGAGAAUAUGCUGAUGAAUUCAGAAAUGUUUUCUUUGGCAGCAAGUUUACUUUACCGAUCAAGUAUGCAUUAUUUUGGUGGGUACAAAGAAGAAYCAGAGGUUAUCUUUACGGACACGGGAUCGGGCGUCACACUCCCGAAGAGAUGUAUGGGAUAGCAGAGAAGGAUUUGCGUGCAGUUUCAGCAAUUCUUGGAGACAAGAAAUUUUUGUUUGGAGACAAACCCUGCCUUGCUGAUGUUUCUCUUUUCGCACUUGUGAGCAACUUCAUCUUUACAACACCGGUCUGUCCACAGGGGAAAGUGAUUUUGAAUCAGCUUACGAAUCUUGAAGAUCACUCGAAACGAAUGAAAGAGGCUUUCUAUCCUGACUGGGAUGAAAUCUGUUACAGAAGGAAGAAAACGACUUGAAAGUCACACAAACCGAAGUGCAUGUGCAACUGUGCACUUGAUMUUGGAAUGCUAUCCAGGAGGAGCCUACCAGAUCUGUUCUUAUACGAGUUUUCUCCUGGGAAAGUGAUUUAGAACUAUACUUUUAAAUUGGGAAAAACGCUCCCUAAAGGCCGWUAAAGCACAAAAGAUAUUCGGGAUUUUCCUUCCUGCAAAGGUCGUGWAAAGUUUCCUAUGCCUCUCCGUGAUUUUUAAAAAGUAUUUCUGAAUGUAUUAUAACUUUGCUGGCAACCGCAGUUGUGACUUACAGCUGGCUGGCUGGGACKUAAGAACUUAACAAAUUGCGCUCGGUUUUCAGUUGUAUGUCCUCUUAUCGACACACUUUUGACGUCAUAAAAUGUUCAAAUGUAUUUUCCCGUACGGCCCUCCCACUCAGUCAAUAAGUACAUAAUAUUUCUCYCAGGAACUCGUCGGCUCCUCUUGGCUAUCUUUAAUACUCAACGUAAAAUAGCUGAAUAAUGAAAUAGUUGUUAUUUGAAAAAUAAAACAAACAAUAAAAAGCAAAUAAAUUAUA